CAAAAGAGAAUUCCUGUGAAGGCUGCUCCACAGAGACACACAGAGAUGGCUUCUGUUCUCCAGCCCCGAGAAUGUAGAGUGACCAAAAUGCCCCAAAAGAGCUACGGAUUCUACCUGCGUAUUGAGAAAGACACACCAGGGCAUCUCAUCCGGAGUGUGGAAAAGAACAGUCCAGCUGAAAAGGCUGGCUUGAAGGAUGGAGACAGAGUCCUCAGGGUUAAUGGUGUGUUUGUAGACAAGGAGGAACAUGCACAGGUGGUAGAGAUUGUCAAAAACAGCGGGAAUUCUGUUGUACUACUUGUUCUGGAUGAUACAUCCUAUCAAAAGGCAGAAAAGGAGGGAGUGAACUUGGAAGAGCUGGGUCAAAAGAUGUCCACAGGACAGCAGGAGGAGCAGCAGUCCCCACCGCCCAUGGCCAACGGAGCAAUCACUGCAGUUCCACAGCCCCGGCUCUGCUACCUGGUGAAGGAAGAGAAAGGCUACGGCUUCUCUCUGAAAACCACAGAAGGACAGAAAGGGUUGUUCAUAGUAGAGCUUUCAUCACAAGGAGCAGCUGCAAAGGCUGGUGUCCAAAAUAACGAUCGCCUGAUUGAAAUCAAUGGAAAAAAUGUGGAAAAUGACACACAUGAGGAAGUGGUGGAAAAGGUAAAGAAGUCUGAAAAUCAUGUUAUAUUUCUACUUGCAAAUGAAGAAACGGACCACUAUUACACAAGCCAGAAGAUGGUACUGAGCAAAGAGAGCGCUAACCUAAGAUUGCUUCCCCUCAAACCACGACUUAUUGAGAUCCAGAAAGGAAAAAACGGUUAUGGCUUUUAUCUACGGAUGGAACAAAAUACUGGUGAUCAUGUAAUCAAGGAUGUUGAUUCUGGGAGCCCAGCAGCCAAGGCAGGUCUCAAAGACAAUGACAUCUUAGUAGCUGUCAAUGGCGAGCAAGUGGAUGGUCUGGAUCAUGGAAGCGUAGUGGGAAAAAUUAAGCAGUCUGAGGCAAAAACCACACUGCUGGUAGUGGAUAAGGAGACUGACGCCAUGUAUAAACUGGCUCAACUUUCCCCCUUCUCAUACUACUACAAAGCAAAAGAUCCAACUCCAGCUGAAAUGGAGGAAAGAGUGGAGUUGCACACUGAGCAGAAAGUGAACCACAAGCCAAGAAUCUGCAAGAUGGUGAAAGGGCCUAGUGGAUUUGGCUUCAGUUUAAACAUGAUCAAGAACAAGCCUGGACUGUUCAUCAAUGAGGUACAAAACCAUGGGCCAGCCGACACAGCAGGUGUUGAAAAUAAUGACUUUUUGGUGGAAGUGAACGGGGUGAAUGUGAUUAAUGAAUCCUAUGACAAAGUGGUGGCAAGAAUCCAAGACAGUGGUGACAGACUAACGCUACUGGUGUGCAACAAAGAUGCUUACAAAUACUUCCAGGGCCAGAACAUUCCCAUCACAGCCUCUAUGGCAGAUUCAGUCCAUGACACUUUUGAACCUCCUGCUUAUACAGAAAACUAUCCAUCAGAGCCAAAGCGAAACUCACCUGAACCAAGGGAACGGGCAAGCUCAUUCUCUUCUUCACAAUCAGCUGCCUCUACAAGAGCAGACAGUGACAACAAUGAUGACACAAAGUUGUGAGAAGACCAACUAGGCCAAGAACAAAAAAAAAAAAGAAACCUACCAAAUCCUCUUUCUUCAAUCAUUCUUUGCUACAUCUCCCAGAACGUGACUAUUCCUAGAGUGCCAUACCUGUAAAGGACUGCAAUCUCAUGCUGAAAUGCAGCUGCCUGAAAUAAACACUUCAGUGUAACUUGCAUUCAUUUAACACACUGCAGUUGUACUUCAUUGGCUUUCUGCCUUGCAAAGCAGGCAGUCACUUACUUCUGUAAAGGCUUAAAUAACUAGAAGUAUAUAAUUAAGUAUACUGCAGCAGAAGGUGAAAACAUUUUAUAGAUUUGUUAAGCAUCUUAGCCUUUUAAGGAUAAGCUCUUAAUAAAGAGCAACUGAUUUCUCCCCAUCUCCCAGGAGAGGCAGUUCUCCCCCUAAUUCAAGUCCAUCAACUUGAUCUCCGAGGCAACUCUUCUGUGCUAUAUUUACAGCAGUACAACUGCUGUGAAAUGGCAUAAGCCAAUGUACUCUCUGCAUUAUGCUCCUUUCUCCUCCUAACAUUGCAGAAAUUUCUUUCAAAUAUUAAGCUAACUUCAUAAUUCAUAACUCAAGAUGUUUAAACACUAUUCUCUCUCUGCAUACAGCUGUGGAUCACAGUACUUAGAAUAGCAUACACAAUUCAGUCAUGCAGGUUUGUCUAACUUCAACAACACAUUGUCUUGAAUGUGACAUAAAUGGCUCUGUAACACUGCUGACAUAUACUUUGCCUCCUUACUGUAUACCAAAGACAACACAGUAAUAAACUGUUUAGAGUGGCUAUUUUUUUCCCCCAGGUCUUACUCUUACCACCUAUGCUUUGUGCUCCAGAACAAUUUUAAAAUAAAUGAAGCCUAGGAGAGUGGUUAUAGGAAGCUGAAAAGUUUAAGUCACAUGAAUAAAAUUUACUUCUAUGCCUUGUAUUACAUCAAGAAGGGCUACUGUAGAAGAAUACACGGGUUGUGGGGAACACCAAAUUUACAGUAUGUAAGCUAAACAAGGCAUAAAUGUGGUCUUUGACUUCACACUGAACUCUAGCAAAGACGAACCCUAAACUGCAGUUUCAUUUAUGCAGGGGAGAAAGCAAAUCCUAGCCACCUUCUAGCUCACUUCCAGCCAAAUCUUUGGGGCUGACAAAAAACAACUGUGAUACUUGCAUGAGUUUUACAAAAGCUUAUUUAAUUCCACAGACUCAAACAUUCAACUCCAGAAUUGCCAUCCUCUGAAUCCCAAUUAUGAGUUGAUUUUCAAAACAAAAAUCACGUUUCC